CAUUGUUAAUCUUUUCUGUGGUUAUACACGUAAAGGAUGUAGCGUAAAAAUGCAGUUAUAUUUCUCAAAAAGAUUUUGUAAUAUAGUUUCUUUAGCUUUGACACGCUUUAUUUCAAGUCUGAUAAUGUGAGUGACACUAUCGUAUUAAUAUACGAGAUAAAAUAACGAAAGCCUAAUGGAUCUGCAAACUCAACAGAAGAUUUUACAAUUUGAGACAUUUGUAAAUGAUGUAUUAAAAGCUGAUCUUGCAAAAUUAGCUGAAAAACUCGAUGUUAAGAAUGCUGAUGUAGCUGAAUUUCUACAACUGAAAUCAGUGAUAACUACAUUUCAAAAUACAAAUGUCGAAAAAACAGGUUUCAAGACCAAAGUCGAUAUAGGAAAUAAUUUUUUUAUUCAAGCACACAUUCCAGAUGCUUCAAAGAUUUUAUUAGAUGUUGGUUUAGGGCAUUAUGUUGAAUUUGAUUUGGCUGAAGCUUUAAUAGUUAUAAAUGUACGGAUUAAGCUGCUGGAGAAACAGAUUGCUCAUUUGCGGAAAGUGAUUGCAAGAACCAAUGCUCACAUUAAGUUAAUCCUUAUUGUCAUUAGAGAUUUGCAAGGAAUUAAAGAAAAUAAUGAAUAAAAACCAUGGUAAUGUACAAAGGAUGAUAUGAGAAUCAAAAAUCAUCCAGUGUUACCCUGUUAUAAAUAAAUAAAAAACAGUACAUGCUAUAACUUGCUACAAUGGCAACACAAAUUUUAUAAAUUUAUUAAUAAACAUGUGUAAUUCACAAUA